CUCACUACACAUUAAGGAGUAGUCAAGUUAAAAGCAACUUCUUAACUUCUCCCAGUUUCCCAAUCAUCACCUCAUAUCACACACAACUAUUGUCUAUUACCACUACUCUUCAAGCAUGCCACAGAAUUGCAUAGCACCAAAACCAGAAGAAUACUUGAGUAGUCUCUCAGUGGAAGCAUCACCACCAAAUAUGGCUGACACUCAAACAACUUCAACUGUCCUUACUUACCCCAUUAGUACAAAUGAACAAUCAUUAGUACCAAAACUUAUUAUGUAUCCUAUAACUUUAAAGUUUGAGGAUUUGAUAUACAAAGUUAAACUAGAGCAAAAAGGAGGAACUUGUUGGGGAAGUAAAUGGAGUUAUAAAGAAAAAACUAUACUAAAUGGAAUAACAGGUGUUGUGUGUCCAGGUGAAAUACUAGCUAUGUUAGGUCCAUCAGGUAGUGGCAAAACAACACUCCUAACCGCUCUCGGCGGCCGUCUCAACGGUAAACUAUCAGGAAAAAUCACAUACAACAAUCAACCUUUCUCAGGUUCUAUGAAAAGAAGAACAGGUUUUGUAGCUCAAGAUGAUGUGUUAUACCCUCACCUAACUGUCACUGAAACUUUAGUCUUUACAGCACUUUUGAGGCUUCCUAAAACCUUAACAAGAGAUGAAAAAGUUGAGCAUGUAGAGAGAGUUAUAACUGAGUUAGGACUAAACCUUUGUAGGAAUAGUAUGAUAGGAGGACCACUUUUGAGAGGAAUAUCAGGUGGUGAAAAAAGGAGAGUGAGUAUAGGACAAGAAAUGCUUAUUAAUCCAAGUCUUUUGUUGCUUGAUGAACCUACUUCAGGUUUAGAUUCUACAACAGCUUUAAGGAUCUUGAACACCAUUAAAAAACUUGCUAGUGGUGGUAGAACUGUUGUUACAACAAUUCAUCAACCUUCAAGUAGACUUUACUAUAUGUUUGAUAAAGUUGUGUUGCUAUCUGAAGGCUGUCCUAUAUAUUAUGGUCCUGCUUCAACUGCUCUUGAUUACUUCUCAUCUGUUGGCUUUUCAACUUGCAUCACUGUUAAUCCAGCUGAUCUCUUGCUUGAUCUUGCUAAUGGGAUUGCUCCUGACUCAAAGCAUGUAACUGAACAAAGUGAGGCACUGGAAAAGGAAAGGAAGAUUGUGAGAGAAUCUCUCAUCUCUGCUUAUGAUAAGAACAUAGCUACAAAGCUGAAAGCUGAAGUUUGCAACCUUGAGGUGAACAGCUACAACAAGAACACAAAAGAUGCUUUCACAAGGAAUCAAAUAAAACCAGAACAAUGGUGUACAAGUUGGUGGUAUCAGUUCACUGUACUAUUACAAAGAGGAGUUAAGGAGAGAAGGCAUGAAGCCUUUAACAGGCUGAGAAUAUUCCAAGUCAUAAGUGUAGCUUUUCUUGGUGGACUCUUGUGGUGGCAUACACCAGAAUCACACCUUGAAGAUAGGACAGCUUUGCUUUUUUUCUUUGCUGUUUUCUGGGGAUUCUACCCUCUCUACAAUGCAGUUUUCACAUUUCCACAAGAAAGAAGAAUGCUAAUCAAGGAACGGUCGUCGGGAAUGUACCGUCUUUCUUCCUACUUUCUUGCAAGAACAAUAGGAGACUUGCCACUAGAACUUGCACUUCCAACAGCAUUUGUCAUCAUAUUAUACUGGAUGGGAGGACUUAAACCUGAUCUUGUGACUUUCAUCCUUUCUCUUCUUGUUGUUCUCUACAGUGUUGUUGUCUCACAAAGUCUUGGACUAGCAUUUGGUGCUAUUUUGAUGGAGGUUAAACAAGCAACAACACUAGCUUCUGUCACAACACUUGUUUUUCUCAUUGCUGGAGGUUACUACAUACAACAGAUUCCACCUUUCAUUGUGUGGCUUAAGUACUUAAGCUAUAGUUACUACUGUUACAAGCUUCUUCUUGGUGUUCAAUACAAUGAAAAUGAUUAUUAUGAAUGCUCAAAGGGAGAGUUAUGCAAGGUUGUUGAUUUUGGUCCAAUUAAAUCAAUGGGAUUGAAUCAUAUGUGGGUUGAUGUGUUCAUCAUGGCUUUGAUGUUGGUUGGUUAUAGAUUAGUUGCUUAUUUUGCACUUCAUAGAGUUAGGUAGAUCUAAAUUAUGGCAAAGCGUAUAUACAUAAUUUGAAGAGUUUUUGUAUUAACUCAAAUGAGGAAUAAUAUAAUAUUACUAGAUUUUCAGACUUUUUUA